AUGGAGCUGUUGCAGGUGAUUCCUAAUGAGGUGAAUAGGGAGGACUCUUCCAUAUUAGAAGCUAUUCCUGCCAAAGAAGAGAUUAAGAAGGUGGUAUGGGGGUUGGAUCCAGAUAGCUCUCCUGGUCCUGAUGGGUUCCCAGGUGCUUUCUUUAUACAGUGUUGGGAGAUAGUGGGUGACGAUUUUUGUGGGGCUGUGAUUGCUUUCUUCCGCGGUGGGAAGCUUCCGAAUGGGGUAAAUAACAGUUUUGUGACGCUAAUUCCAAAGGUGGAGGGAGCGAUCUCUCUGGAUAAAUUUCGCCCCAUCUGCAUGGCAAACUUUUUCUGUAAAGUCCUAUCAAAGAUCAUGGCUGAGAGGUUAUCUUGCCUUCUUCCUCGAUUGGUGUCAGAUGAGCAAGGGGCGUUCCAGAAAGGUAAGAUUAUUUCAUCUAAUAUUGGUUUAGCCUCUGAGCUUGCUAAUUUAUUACAUACAUCUGUCAGAGGGGGUGGCAUGGGUAUUAAGAUUGACGUGCAGAAAGCCUAUGACACAUUGUCAUGGGAUUUUCUUUUUGCAGUCUUGAAAAAAUUUGGCUUUUCGGAUGUUUGGUUAGCUUGGAUUCAUGAAAUUUUGGUUUCUUCUAGAAUUUCAGUUUUAUUGAAUGGUGGUCCAGUGGGUUUCUUUGGAGUUGAGAAAGGAGCAAAACAUGUUAGAUGUCUGAGAGAAUUCUUGAUUAAUUACCAAGAAUUUUCUGGCCAAAAAAUAAGCUUGGAGAAGAGUAAGGGAUGGCAAGGCAAACUCCUUUCAAUGGCUGGUCGUGCAGAGCUCAUUCGGUCUGUGAUCUUAGUGAAGAAAAUCACUGUGAAAUGGGAAGAGAUAUGCCGACCUAAGGAGGAAGGGGGUUUAGGUAUCAGGCGACUGAGGGAUGUCAACUGUGCAGUGAUUAGCAAACUUGUGUGGCAAAUGAAGCAUGAAGAAUCUGCUUUUAGUUCCUUUUUGCGGGCUAGAUUUGUGAAUGAAGGUGGAGACCUCAAGAAGGGUUAUAGAGCAUCUUCAGUGUUUAAAGGUAUUGCGAAGAUGUGGAAUUUUGUAUCUCUAUCUGAGCGGUGGAUGUCUGAAUUUUUAAAAGAUAUAUUCAAAGCUAUAGGGAAUAUAUCUUUGCCACAGGGUCAGAAAGACCGAUGCUGUUGGUCUCUAUCCUCCUUAGGAGCUUUCUCCACUAAAUCGGCCUGGGAAGCAUUGAGAAAGGUUUCUCCUAAAGUGGGCUGGGCAAAAAUGGUGUGGAGUUCGGUUUUGAUCCCCCGCCAAUCAGUUUUUGGCUGGAGACUUAUACAUGGAAAGCUUCCUUGUGAUGACAAGGUAAAAAGAAAAGGAGUGCUGCUCCCUUCUAGGUGUGAGAUGUGCAAUAAGGCUGAGGAGUCUAUAAAUCACUUGUUCGUGAAAUGUGAUGGAGCUGUCUACAUUUGGAGGGCGUUUGCUGAAGUCUUUGGUUUUCAAUGGUCCUAUCAGGGGGAUGAUUUUUUAGCGCAUGCUUCAUGGUGGACUCAAAAAUCCAAAUCCAUUGGACUGUCUCAAUUGUGGAUGGCUGGUUUGAUUCUUGUUCCAUACUUUAUUUGGAUGGAAAGGAAUUCGAGAAGAUUUAGGGGUCUCCAUCGAUCUUAUGGUCAAGUCUUUCAUACAAUAAUAGAGGAGAUUAGAAGACGUGGCCCAGGAAAAAAUGACAGAAUAAAAUCUCGACUGGAUUCUGAGAGAUGCUUGAAGCUUAAUAUAGAGGUACCAAGAAGGAAGACUAAAGGGGACCAAGAAAUUUUCUGGCUGCCUCCGAUGGAUGGAUGGUGGAAGCUAAAUUGUGAUGGCUCGUCCUUGGGUAAUCCAGGGAAUGCUGGAGCAGGUGGCAUUAUAAGGAACAGCAAGUGCCAGAUUGUAGCGAUUUAUAGCUCCUAUUUAGGAAUAGCUUCAAAUUUCUAUGCUGAAUUUCAAGCUUUAAUUGAAGGAAUUGAGAGAGCUAGAGAGCUGAAUUGUGCAUCUCUGUGGAUUGAAUGUGAUUCGGGCGCUGUGAUGGCUGCUAAGAAGGAAGCAUCUACAUCAGUGGUGGAAUGGCCUCCUGAGGGCCAUUUGGCAUUGGAACUGAAUUCCUUUGAUGUUCUUUUAUUGAAUGAUCUUAUUUCUAAUCCUUCUUCUACUGAAACCUGA